ACAGAGGUCAGAAACCACCAAACUUCCUCUCUCCCAACUGAUGGUCAGAACAAACUCCGCUCUUCCAAUGAGAGUUCUACCACGUCGUUUAGUCUCGGUCUCCGUUGUCGUCAUCCUCAUUCUCCUUUUAACUCUCCGUAAAACCUCCGCAAACGAUGGAGGCGAGUUCAGCGGAGACUACUCUAAGUUAUCAGGAAUCAUUAUACCAGGUUUCGCCUCCACUCAGCUUAGAGCAUGGUCGAUCCUCGACUGUCCCUACUCUCCUCUUGAUUUCAAUCCUCUCGACCUCGUCUGGCUUGACUCAACCAAACUUCUAUCUGCUGUGAACUGCUGGCUUAAGUGCAUGAUACUAGAUCCUUACAAUCAAACAGAUCAUCCUGAAUGCAAAUCUCGGCCAGAUAGUGGUCUUUCAGCGAUUACAGAACUUGAUCCAGGCUAUAUAACAGGUCCUCUAUCUUCUGUAUGGAAAGAAUGGAUUAAGUGGUGCAUUGAGUUUGGUAUCGAAGCUAAUGCAAUCAUUGCUGUUCCAUAUGAUUGGAGAUUGUCACCAUCAAAGCUUGAAGAGCGAGACCUAUAUUUUCACAAGCUAAAGUUGACAUUAGAAACUGCCUUGAAACUUCGUGGUGGCCCUUCAUUAGUGUUUGCCCAUUCAAUGGGUAACAAUGUGUUCCGUUACUUUCUGGAGUGGUUAAAGCUAGAAAUUGCUCCAAAACAUUAUGUGCAGUGGCUGGAUGAACAUAUUCAUGCCUAUUUUGCUGUUGGAUCUCCUUUUCUUGGUGCAACUGAGAUAGUUAAAGCAGCACUCUCUGGUCUUACGUUUGGUCUUCCUAUUUCUGAGGUUAUUAACAUAUGGAUAAUAUUAAAUUCGGCAAGGUAUCAGGGAACAGCUCGAUUGAUGUCCAAUUCAUUUGGUUCUACAUUAUGGAUGAUGCCAUUUUCAAAGCAUUGUAAAGGAGAUAACACUUACUGGAAGCAUUUUUCUGGGAAUACCAGAAAGGGUCAUCACACAUAUCAGUGUGAUGUGCAGGAGUUUCAGUUAAACUACUCUGGAUGGCCGACUAAUAUAGUCAAUGUUGAAAUUCCUUCAGUACGUGGAUUUGAUGCCUAUCCAUCAAUUUCAGAAAUCGCUGAUACCAACUUGUCGAGCAUGGAAUGUGGACUCCCUACUCAACUAUCCUUCUCUGCUCGUGAAGUAUCAGAUGGUACCCUUUUCAAAUCGAUACAGGAUUAUGACCCAGAAAGCAAAAGGCUCUUGUAUCGAUUAGAAAAGUCAUAUCAUGGCGAUCCUGUUCUAAAUCCUCUCACACCUUGGGAGAGACCACCUAUAAAAAAUAUUUUUUGCAUCUAUGGAAUAGACUCAAAGACUGAGGUGGGAUACUACUUUGCACCAAGUGGCAAGCCUUACCCUGAUAAUUGGAUCAUAACAGAUGUCAUUUAUGAGAUUGAAGGAUCUCUGUUCUCAAGGUCAGGGAAUCAAGUUGAAGGAAAUCCAGGAAGAGCAAGUGGAGAUGAGACGGUACCAUACAAUUCUCUCUCUUGGUGUAAGAGUUGGCUUGGACCAAAAGUAAACAUAACUAGGGCUCCUCAGUCUGAGCAUGAUGGAUCUGAUGUACAAGUUGAACUGAAUGUAGAACAUCAUCAUGAUGCAGAUAUAGUUCCCAACAUGACAAGAUCCCCAAGGGUUAAGUACAUAACGUACUAUGAAGAUUCUGAAAGUAUUCCAGGAAGGAGGACAGCAGUUUGGGAGCUUGAUAAAGCAAAUCACAGGAACAUUGUUAGAUCCCCAGUUCUAAUGCGGGAGUUGUGGCUCCAGAUGUGGCAUGAUAUUCAUCCUGAUGCAACAUCAAAAUUUGUUACAAAAGCUAAGCGGGGACCUCUGAGGGAUGAGGACUGUUACUGGGAUUAUGCAAAAGCUCGCUGUGCAUGGCCCGAACACUGUGAAUACAGGUAUGUUUUUGGAGAUGUUCACCUAGGACAGAGCUGUAGGUUAAAGAAUUCCUCAGCUGAUCUGCUCUUGCAUUAUAUAUAAAAUGAGAAGGGGGUUAUUUCGCUCAAGACAAGUCAUAUGUACUGUACACAUCAUUGACUAUUGUUGCUUUGAAUGAUGAAGCCUAAAAGGAUCUAGUCUCCUGUAACAUGAAGAGUAGCACGUCAUUUUUUGGUAUAACACGGAACCAGGUAAGCCUCAUCUUUGGUCUGGUUGUUGCUGAAUCAUCUAAGAUCUGAUAAACUGAACUUAGGUCCGAUCCUUUUUUGGGCACAAAAGUAGAUUUGUAUAUUUCAGAUGUUCACCGUAGUAUAGUGUAGAUUCAGAUAUUAAUUGAGAAAUGUGUUAGCAUAUUUGCG